CGAGGCCGCUCCCGCGUUGAGGAGGAGCGCGCCUCGGGGGCCGGCGCGGGCGGAGGCGGGUGAGGAGUCUGAAGCAUGGGGGACUGGAGCUUUCUGGGGCGACUACUCGAAAACGCACAGGAGCACUCCACGGUGGUGGGCAAGGUCUGGCUGACCGUGCUGUUUAUCUUCCGGAUCCUGGUGCUGGGGGCCGCCGCCGAGGAGGUUUGGGGCGAUGAGCAGUCAGACUUCACCUGCAACACGCAGCAGCCGGGCUGCGAGAACGUCUGCUACGACCAGGCCUUCCCCAUCUCCCACAUCCGCUUCUGGGUGCUGCAGAUCAUCUUCGUCUCCACGCCCACCCUGAUCUACCUGGGCCACGUGCUGCACCUCGUACGCAGGGAAGAAAAGAAGAAGGAGCGCAAGGAGGAGCUGCUGAAGCGCGAGGGCGCGGCCCAGGGGGCGGGCGGGCGCGGCGGGCUGGAGGGCACCUGGGCAGGCCCGAAGGAGAAGCCGCCGGUCUGCGACGACCGAGGCAAGGUGCGCAUCGCCGGGGCCCUGCUCCGCACCUACGUCUUCAACAUCAUCUUUAAGACCCUGUUUGAGGUGGGCUUCAUCGUCGGGCAGUACUUCCUGUACGGCUUCCAGCUGAAGGCCCUCUACCGCUGCGACCGGUGGCCCUGCCCCAACACGGUGGACUGCUUCAUCUCCAGGCCCACCGAGAAGACCAUCUUCAUCCUCUUCAUGCUGGCGGUGGCCUGCGUGUCCCUGCUGCUCAACAUGCUGGAGAUCUACCAUCUGGGCUGGAAAAAACUCAAACAGGGGAUGACCACCCAUUAUAGCCCAGAUGCCUCCGAGGCCAGGAUGGUGGGGGAGAGCCCGGGGGAUGGUAACCCACUGCUCCUCAACUCGCACUCGGCCCCGCCCGCCGCCGCCGUCGGAUUUCCGCCUUACCACCCUCACUCUGCCGCCUCCUUGGGACCGGCGGCCGCCGCAGGCUAUCCCGGGGCCCCUCCGCCACCUGCAGAUUUCAAAAUGGCAGCGCUGGCCGAGGAGCGCGGGGAGGGCCCCCCCGGGAAGUACUGCCCCAGCGCCCAGCACCUGCUGAUGGCCGAGCAGAACUGGGCCAACCAGGAGGCGGAGCAGCAGACAGCCCGGAGCCUGCGCUCCCCGCCCGCGCCCCCGGCGCCCCGCAGCCUGCAGCCGCUCCCCCGGGAGGAGGCCGGGCCCGGCGCGGCGCCCCUGCUGUCGGGGAACGGGAGCAGCAGCAGCAGCUUGGGAGAGAGCAACCUGGAAGUGACUCCGGAAGAGGAGGAGCAGACCCUGAGCCCCGCGGCAGGGACGCACGUGCCCCCGCUGCAGCCCGGAGAGCCGGGGCGGGUCAGCAAGGCCAGUAAGGCCAGCGGCGGCCGAGCCAGACCGGAUGACCUAGCCAUCUAAGUAGUGUUUCCUCCGGACAGCUUUAUAAUAACGUUUCUUCUAGAACCCCAAACCAAAGUGCAGUUGGAAGCGGCAGGUAGAGCGAAGCUGAGAAGACCGAGAGGAGUCUUUGCAUACGUGCUGUUCUGAACACCGUGGGGGACAUGGGAUUGAGAGUGGGCGGAGGGCGCGCAGAGGGGUCCCAGCAACCCAAGAGCCCGGACCCUUCGGCCGCAUUGGCAGUUCUUGACCAACGGUCUGUCCUCGGGCUCCCACCAGCUCUGUGAACUCUUCUGGUAAAGCAGCAGGUGGCUGCAUUCACUCCAGCUCCGGGCAAGUGUGUUUUCUAUUCCUAAACUGCCCAGAGCGACAGGAGACGCACUCAGCUCUAUCUCUGUUUGAUACUUGUGACUUAGAGUUGAAUUUCAUUUGGGAAAUUUGCCAAACCACACUAAAAAAAGAUUUAGACCAAGCCCUCAUGGGCCUUUUCUUCAGUGUCAUUUUUGAGUUUCUGAAAUUGCAAGUGAAGCCCGGGAUAUCAAACUGCCUGUCCCAUGACAAGUGACAAAGAGCAGUUACCCUCCGGUGGGCGAGGGCCACAGAGGUUGCUGGUGAGGAAGCAGGUGGAAAUACAUGCAGCUACACUUGAGAUCACUUUAAACAGCUGUGGAAUUUUAAAUAAAAGCGUGGCAGGUAUGCCUUAGGUAUUUAUUUUUAAACGGUAUUUUUCAGCUUUGAUCUGAAUUGUACAAGUAUACCUGCUUUUCCCACUUUCAGGAAAAAUGAGAGAAAAUUAGUACUGUUAAAAUGGAUGAUGAUCAAGAGAAUGCUAAUUUGUCCCCAUCCAGAUUAGUGAAGAUUUGAACUUUUGUGAGUUGGCUUAAUUAUGACAAGAAUGCUCUAUAUAAAAAGCAAGGGGGAAUUUAAGUGCGUUUCAAAUACUUGAAGUUAUGAAGUGUUUGGGAGGUUAAAAGUUAACUACUGUUGACAGAAAAAAUGUUUGUACAGAUGAAUCAAUGACCUACACAUUUUU